CAACGAAGUAUCUUCAUGAGGAAGUGUUGAGGAAAUUUAUUGACCUUCUUUGAAACCGUUUUUAAAGCUUUUGUGAACAGCUGUGAUGGAGGGUUCAGAUCCAGGCCUAGCAGACGGAGAGGAGCGAAUGGUGGAGCUGCGACCGAGGACCCGGUCCAAUCCGGAAGGUGCAGAGGACAGACGCAGCAGUAAUGGUGGUCUGAAUAGUCCAACGCCUUCUCAGCCUGCUGUGGGAAGUCGAGUGGAGGGCGAGGGAGAAGCAGCCAGCACUGACAGCCCACCAAGUUCUACUACCACCAUCACGACUACUGUUCCUGCUCCCGUCGCUGCUGCAGCCACUACUUCUUCGAGUGUCAUGCCUACUUCAGUGCCCAAACCAUGCCAGACUUCGCUGUCAGCACAGAUUCCUCCUGCAUCAGAACUCCAGCUCAGAGCACCAAGGGUCAACUGCCCUGAAAAAGUGAUCAUCUGUUUGGAUUUAUCAGAAGAGAUGUCUCUGCAGAAACUCGAGUCCUUCAACGGAUCAAAGACUAAUGCUCUGAAUAUCUCCCAGAAGAUGAUUGAAAUGUUUGUGAGAACAAAGCACAAAAUAGACAAGAGGCAUGAAUUUGCCUUGGUGGUGAUCAAUGAUGAUGCAUUGUGGUUAUCAGGUUUCACCUCCGACCCAAGGGAGCUUUGCAGCUGUUUGUAUGAUCUUGAAACAAACGUCUGUGAAGCUUUUAACCUGGAAGAUCUUCUCAGCACUAUUCUUCAGAAGAUUGAGCUUCCAACGAUGGACAACGUUCAGACGAUCCCUCCGCCGUUUGUGGUUCGUACCCUCCUGAUAUACAGUCGACACGCAGGACAGCUGCAGUUCAACCCAUCAGAUGCUGUUAACAAAAUGCUGCGUUCACCAUAUUUCUUCUUUGAUGUGAUUUACCUUCAUAAUGGAGCGGAUGAGCAAAUGGAGGACAGCAGUUGGAGAGACAUAUAUGAAUCCUUCUCUAAUUUGGACUCCAAGGGGAUGUGCUACCGUUUCGAAGUGUCGCUUAGUGGCCCUGCCAUUGAGCUGCACAACUGCAUGGCAAAGCUGCUGUGUCACCCUCUGCAGAGGCCCUUUCAAAGCCAUGCCUCCUACAGCCUGCUAGAGGGCGACGAUCCACAAGAAAUCGAGGCCACAGUCUAGCAAAGUGUGGAGAUCACAUGACCUGUCGAUCUUGGUUCCAACCUUGAAUAUACAGUAGUAUAGCCAAAUAUGUCCAGGAGCUUACUGAGCUAUUUUAAGUGUGUUGGUUUGCUGAAGGGUAGAUGAAUGCCAGUACAGGUGUAAGAACUGAAAAGCAUUUUGCCUCCAAGAGCAGCAACUUGAUUAAGGACAUAAUGCCUAGGUUAAAAAUGACAUUGGACUGCUGUCAAUUUAAAUGUAGCAUUUCUUUUUUACUGGCUUAUUUCAGUACAGCUUAGAGCUGAAUGAUAUGGCAAAAAUACCCUUGAUAUUGUUUUUUUGCUCCACUGUACAAAUAAUCUGGCCAAAUUAGGCACCACAGCUUGUAAUCAUCAGUCAGCUUGAUUUAAAUGACCUGUUGAAAGUUUGCCGUCUUACCAGUCAAAGGCUGUACAGUCACACUUAAUCUGAAACGUCAGACUUGUCUUUGUCCUACAGCAACAUAAGUACACAAAAAGAACCAACAAUAUUAAUAUGAAAUAAUUUGUAGGAAAAAAAAAUCAACAGUUUGGGUUGCCAUGUGUAGUAAAAGUAACAUACAAGUAAAAUGAUGACUACAUGAUAGUAAAAUGUUAAUUUAUCACUAAUUACGAGUGAUCUUCAAAAAGUUUCUGCACUUUUAUAUUUUGGUUGGAAACAGUGAGGGUGGGAGGAGUAGUAAUUGGUCGUGUCUGAGAGACUGAGAGACACUUAUAGUCUGGAUUUAGGACCGCUCAAAGAAGCUUUAAGGGGAAGAAGAUUUUCAUGUGGUGAUGAUGUGAAAGCAGCAGUGUAUCAGUGGCUACAUGCUCAACCAAAACUGAUGGUGAUGGCAUUAAAUAGUUGGUACGAUGCUGGGACAAAUGCAUCAAAAGGUGACUGUGUAGUGAAGUGAUGUCAUUUGUUUUUGAAAUUGAGUUUUUAAAAGUGCGGAUACUUUUUGAAGAAGCCUCGUAUUAGUACACAAGGUAUCAUAGCUACACGCUUACGGUGUGGUGGGCAAUAUAAUAAUCACUUUGUUGUCGAUCAACAUUUGCCAAAGUUAUGGGCAAAGCUACAGCAGUCCCUUGUUUGAUCCACAGUUUUGGCAGAUACAAAAUAUCCUAUUGGAAUAUCAGUCUAAUGUCAUACUGUUCAGCCAUGCUGAUUCAUGGUGGUCGUUGUUGAAACACACACACUAAGUUGGCAACUAUUCAAAACUUCCCCUCUGUGCCUCAGUUAUAGCAUUAUUCUUUGUCACAUACAGUGGAUUCAGGAAGCAUACAGACCCCUUCAUUUUUACCUAAUAAUGUAAAUAAUAAAAUCUAUUCACAAAAGUAUUCAUACCCUUUGUUGUGGCACUUCAAAUUGUGGUCAGGUGGUAUGUUGAUGCCGAUCCCGCUCUGGUUUGAGGAGAACGAAGCUAACCCACACCCCCUACGACAUGUGGGCAGCAGCCGUAUGCAUUUUGUCACCCACACUAGGCAAGAGCAUAUAUGCGAAUCAGCCUUGUGUACGGAGACACACCCUGAUUUGCACUCUUUUCCCGCUUCUGUGCAGGCGCCAUCACCUGAGCGGCCGUACCACAGGUCCCCCCCCCCCCCCCCCCCCAUUUUCUCCCCUAAUCUAGUUGCGUCCAAUUACCCUGAAUGCGUCCUCUAUACUGAUUCGACCAUUUACCGCUGACUGAGGACGCCUCUCAACUGAUAUACGCCCCCUCCGGCACGUACAGUCAGUACAGACUGCAUUUUUCACCUGCACGAGUCGAGUUCAUACACCAACGAGCACUGUGUAAGGAGGGCCACACCCCCAUCAGCAUUAUUCCUCAGCCCUGUGCAGACGCCAUCAGUCAGCCAGCAGGGGCCGCAUUUGCACCAGUUAUGAGGACCUAUGAUCCGACUUUUUACCCCAGUCGUUGUUCAUGCAACCACCCAGCCCAGUCGGAAGGCAGAGCUGAGAUUCGAUACGAUGUAUUCGAAACCCCAACUCUGGUGCGCUAGCGUACUUUACCGCUGCUCCACCUGUGCGGCCGUAAUACAGGUCCAUUUUUGACUCACAUUGUAGACAGAUGCUAAAUAUUCUAUUGGACCAGCAGAGGUCACAGUGCAUCAGUUAUGAGGAGUCCCUAUCCGGCUUAAUACCCCACCCCUAUGUGAACAACAGGCCAAUCGCUGUUCAUGUGGUCGCUCAGACCAGCCGGAUGGCAGAGCUGAGAUUCGAUACGAUGUAUUCGAGAUCCCAGCUCUGGUGCGCUAGUGUGUGUUUUUACCGCCACCUGAGAGGCCGUACCACAGGUUCAUUUUUGACUCACACUGUUGACGGAUACAAAAUAUUCUAUUGGAAAUUCAAUCUAAUGUAAUAUUGUUCAGCCCUGCUGAUUCAUGUUGGUCUGUGUACUCUCUUAUUGCCGUCUGAGUAUUUUAAUUUCUUAUUUUUGUUAACAUUUUUUUACUGAAAUAUCUGAAUCCUGAGCAUUUUGGUGUAUUUGGAGCAGCAGUGGUAAAUACUAAUGUAUAAAAGUGCUGAGACGUUGUUGUAACUAGAAUGUGUAUUAAAGGCUCAUGUUAGAUUGAGGGUUCUGUUCUUACAUGGAGGAAAAUGCUGAUCAGAUAAUGUAGACCGAAUUUAUUCCUUUGAGUAAGAACAUGUAAAUAAAUCAUUAAAGAGAAAAACA